ACAUCUGGCCCUUGUUGUAGGGUGUCUGUGUUUAAGAGUUUCGGACAACAGCAGGGAAGGAUUUAACAGCAACAACUAAUACAGCAACAACAACAGGAAGAAGAACAUAAAUGCAUAUAUAAUACACACACACACACACACACACACACACACACAUUUGUACAUAAAUUUACAAUUGUUAAAUACUCUUACAUUUCCUACACGCAGUAAUUGUACUUUGUCGUAUUUGUUGCUGUGCAUGUGUGUAUAUAUAUAUAUACACACACACACACACACACAUACAAACACAUACACACACUCAUAUAUAUAUAUGCCUAUACACAAUACAGAUGUUUCCCGAGAUGCUGCCGACACUAUUCGAAAUUCUCACACUUGUAUUGCUUCUACAAUUCCAUGGGUCCGACAGCUGUUUAGGAACCUGCAAACCCCUUAAAUCGAAGCCCCCACCACACAUCUUCCGGCUCCUGCCUCAGAUGUUCAAGGCUCGAAUCCAGCUCACAGACGUCAUGCGGAACCAAACGACCCUGGUGGAGGAAUAUUAUGACAUGACUAAACUAAAGGCUGGAUCUAUCACUGAGUACAGACGUCACCGCAAGAAAACACAAAUAUUUGAUUACAAGCAUCAGAAGAUUGUUUAUUACAAUGCCACCUCCUGCUGGGUUUCCCCACUCAGCUCAAAAGCAAACUUUGACAUCCCCUUCAAGAGUUGUGUGGAUAUAUUCCGCUUGAAUACCAAUUUUGAGGCUCAAGUUGCUGAUGCUGUGAUCGAUGGUAUACCAGUGAAGGCUGUCCGCAGCUGUGUAUGCGAGCCAUCUCUGAAUAUGACCAUUGAGUAUUUCCUGCGAGCAGACACAGCUUUCCUCUCACUGGAAACAACAGGCCCGGUCCGCGUGGAGAUGAAAGGAAUUGUGAAACGUCGCAAUGGUAAAACUGAACCAUUUACCUACAUCUAUCAGUUUCUGACCUUUGACCCGACCCCAACAAUUGGUGAGGAUGUCUUCCAGGUACCCCAAGGUGUAAUCUGUAACACCAGUAUAUAUUACCACCAAUUACCCAACAUUCUACCCCAGUUCACCACCCAUGGUGAGAUUAUAAACACCCGCAAUCACAGGCUGUCUGUUUUUAAUGUCCUAUUUGACUGGCAAGAGAAGCUAAUGCGGUUGGAGUUUUACCCAGAAGUCCACGGUAACUCUUCGGAUCGGAGUAUACGGAUGAUAACAGAUUAUCGGCUAGGAAUCCAGUACAAUUUGGACAACAACUUCAGGCCCUGCCUCAUUAAACCCUCCUACACUUCCCUCACCGAUCUCGAGAAACUAAGCUGGAGCCAUGUGUUACACGUCGAUGACAUCUACAGUCUCAUGACCCUUAAUACGGCCAUGUAUAACUACAAAGGAAAACUUAAAGUUCGUGGUUUAACAGUUGAUGUUUGGGGCAGGAAGAGCACCAUCACAGGUGGAAUCACUAUCAACCGGGAGUACUAUUUCUUGAAGACUCUUCACACCGCCGUCCCCAUUGGAAUAUUUCAAAAAGCCUUCAGAUUGCCAAACAACAACAACAAGAACAACGAAGAUAAGGAUGAUGAUGAUGAUGAUGAUGAUGAUGGAACAGUGGAGUUAAUAAACGAAUCAUGGAUACAUCUCUAUGGUUAUGUCCAGGGACACGUCCACCUGGACAACUUCAACAUAGAAAGCUGCUUCCACUUGAGAGAUAGGUUUUAUAUCAACUUCCAGUUAGAAGAUAAGUUCGACAUAUACAUCAAGGGUUACGAAAGCCUCAUCUUCCCAUCAUUGCGAAACUCCUUGGCUCGGGCUGCAAAUGUUUCCUCAGUAAGAAUCAGUAACAUACAGAUAGGACGCCUCUCGUCUGACCUCAUGGUUGUACAGUUUACAUUGCUGGAUGCUCCAUCGAUACCAGGCUCUCUUAAAACUAGAUACACUCCAAUUCCACUGGAAGAGGCCUAUUCCAACCUGAAAUCCCACAAAGAAAUUGAAUUCAAGGUCCUUUAUCCUCUGAUGCAUGAGAAGGUAUUCAGGUUCCACACCAACCAGCUGCAGUCCUUGGUUCGUGAGUUCAGUUCCAGCUCCACAGACCCAACAAGAAGAGGUGCCAUGGUUGGACUGGGUCUCGGUAUGCUGUUUAUUGGUGUCUGCUCUGGACUGUUGGCUGGCUAUUUCAUCUACCGGCGCGUCCUCUCGGCCGAUAUACCUUACGAACUGACCAAGUAACAGAUGAGAUCAAUGGGAGUGGUGGGGGCGCUGGUGGCAGUGGGGGUGGCUCUGAUAGCAGCAGCGGUGGUGGUGGUGGUGGUGGUGGUACAGCGACAGUGGUGGUCGUUGAGGUGGCGGUGGUGGUGUAUAACUGCCCCUGAAGACAAUUAUAUACAGGCCCUAAUUUGGUGAGGAGAUCCCAGAACAAGACUGAGACUAGCCAGUUUCACACACACACACACAUAAGGGGCUUCUUACUGUUUCCAUCUCCUCAAUCCACACACACACAUAAGGGCUUCUUACUGUUUCCAUCUACCCAAUCCACACACACAAGGUUGUGGUCAGCCCAUGGCUAUAGUAGAAUACAUUUGCCCAAGGUGCCAGGCAGUGGGACUGAACCCAGAAUCAUGUGGUUGAGAAGCAAGCUUAUUCCUAUUUUCAUAGAUUUCUUGAACUCAGGCUGAUAAGGGGUGGAAGCAACAGGGCCCAUGCUACACAUUCACCACCCAACACUACAACAGAAACCCCACAAUGCAUGUUCUAUACAGUUAGCACCCAAUACUAUAACACUAUAUUAUUAUUAUUAUUAUUAUUAUUCAGUAGUUUUAUUUUUAUAGCGUGCUUUCACUUCACUACCGAGCGCAGCUCUGUGUGCCUUGGGUAUGUGCUGUGAUUUGUUG